AUUGUGGGGAAUGGGAGUGAGCAGCAGCUCCAGAGAGAAUUAGAGGAUGUCCUCAUGGACCCCUCGGUAGCCGACACUGGACUCAGGUCAGAAGCAGGAAUGGAGACCCUCGGAGGAGAGGGCGACCGCGGCUCUGUUGCUACGACAGCGUCACCCGUAGCGCCGGGCUCUGACCCUCUGAGCGCUCCGCCACCCAAGCUGGAGAUGGUGCUUCCUGUUCAGACGGCACAGGAGAGCGAGUUGAACGAGAGGUCGUACCGAGCAGAUGAAUCCUCAUCAGAGGGCAGUCCUAGCAGUCCCAUCCCAGAUGAAGACAGCGUUGUGUUCAGCCAGCUGACAUAUCUGGGCUGUGCCUCGGUCAACGCCCCCCGCAGUGAGUUGGAGGCCCUCCGUAUGAUGAGUAUCCUCAGAGGGCAGUGCCAACUCCCCCUGGACGUCACACUGUCUGUGCCAGGCGUGUCUGAAGGCACUGUCAGGUUGCUGGACCCCAACACCAGUACAGAGAUCGCCAACUACCCGAUAUACAAGAUUCUGUUCUGUGUGCGCGGCCAUGAUGGCACACCAGAGAGCGACUGCUUUGCCUUCACUGAGAGCCACUUCAACGCCGAGAUCUUCAGGAUCCACGUGUUCCGCUGCCAAAUCCAUGAAGCGGUGAGCAGGAUACUGUACAGUUUUGCCACGGCGUUUCGGCGCUCAGCGAAGAAGGCGGUUCUUUCCUCUCAGCAGCCGGCGCCGCUCACGCCUGACAGCGACUUGUUUACCUUCACCGUCAGCCAGGAAAUCAGAGAGGAUGAUGGCAAGGGUACUUUCAGUGCUGUAGCAAAGGACAAGGACAAGCAGAGCUUCAAGCUGCGUGCAGGAAUGGACAAGAAAAUUGUCAUUUAUGUCCAACAAACCUGCAAUAAAGAACUGGCCAUUGAAAGGUGUUUCGGUCUCCUGCUCAGCCCUGGGAAAAAUGUGAAGAACAGCGACAUGCACCUGCUAGAUCUGGAGUCGAUGGGAAAGAGUUCCGAUGGGAAGUCUUACAUCAUCACAGGAAGUUGGAACCCCAACACGCCUCAGUUCCAGCCUGUGAAUGAGGAAACGCCCAAAGACAAAUUCAUGUACAUGACGACAGCAGUGGACCUGGUGAUCACAGAGGUGGAGGAGCCGGUGCGCUUCCUGCUGGAGACGAGGGUCAGAGUCUGCUCCCCAAAUGACCGGCUGUUCUGGCCCUUCAGCAAGCGCAACUACACUGAGACCUUCUACCUUAAACUACGACAGAUGGAGCGUAAGGAGCGUAAGAGUCCUGCCUCUGACACACUUUAUGAGGUGGUGAGUUUGGAGAGCGAGACAGAAAGGGAGAGACGGAAGACCACGGCGAGUCCCGACAUCAUGCCCACAGGUACCACGGUCCCUUCUCCACCUGAGGAUGAUGAAGAGGAAGAUAAUGAUGAGCCGUUACUCAGCGGCUCAGGUGACGUCUCCAAGGAGUGUGCAGAGAAAAUACUGGAGACCUGGGGGGACUUGUUAACAAAGUGGCAUUUGAACUUAUCAGUGCGUCCCAGGCAGCUGCCAGCUUUGGUGCGGAGCGGCAUCCCUGAGGCGCUCCGUGGGGAGGUGUGGCAGCUCCUGGCAGGCUGCCAUAAUAAUGACCACCAGGUUGAAGAGUACCGCACUCUCAUCACAAAGGAGUCCCCCCAGGACAGUGCCAUCACCAGGGACAUCAACAGGACAUUCCCAGCUCACGACUACUUCAAAGACACUGGAGGAGAUGGACAAGACUCCCUCUACAAGAUCUGCAAGGCUUACUCUGUGUACGAUGAGGAGAUCGGCUACUGCCAGGGACAGUCCUUCCUGGCUGCUGUGCUGUUGCUGCACAUGCCAGAGGAGCAAGCGUUCAGUGUGCUGGUCAAGAUCAUGUUUGAUUACGGGCUCAGGGACCUUUUCAAACAGAACUUUGAAGAUCUGCAUUGCAAGUUCUUCCAGCUUGAGAGACUCAUGCAGGAAUAUUUACCAGACCUGUACAACCACUUCCUGAAUGUGGGUCUGGAGGCUCACAUGUACGCCUCUCAGUGGUUCCUCACCCUCUUCACAGCCAAGUUCCCUCUUUACAUGGUCUUCCAUAUCAUCGACCUGCUACUGUGUGAGGGCAUCAGUGUGAUCUUCAAUGUAGCCCUGGCACUUCUGAAGACAUCUAAAGACGAUCUGAUCCAAACAGACUUCGAGGGUGCACUCAAAUUCUUUCGUGUCCCAGUUCCGAAGAGAUAUCGCUCUGAGGAAAACGCGAAGAAGCUGAUGGAGCUGGCCUGUGGCAUGAAGAUCAGCCAGAAAAAGCUGAAGAAGUUUGAGAAGGAGUACCACACCUUGAGGGAGCAGCAGGAGCAGCAGGAGGCCCCCAUUGAGAGAUACGAGCGGGAGAACCGUCGUCUGCAAGAGGCUAACAUGCGUCUGGAGCAGGAGAAUGACGACUUGGCGCACGAACUAGUCAGCAGCAAGAUAGCCCUGCGGAAAGACCUCGACAACGCUGAGGAGAAGGCAGACGCACUGAAUAAAGAGUUGCUGCUGACCAAACAGAAACUGGUGGACUCUGAGGACGAGAAGAGGCGACUGGAGGAGGAAUCUGCCCAGCUGAAGGAGAUGUGCAGGCGAGAACUCGAUAAGUCUGAAUCGGAGAUAAAGAAGAACGGCUCCAUCAUUGGAGAAUAUAAGCAGAUCUGCACCCAGCUGAGUGAACGACUGGAGAAACAACAGACGGCCAACCGAGGGGAGCUGGAGAAAAUCAGGUUCAAAGUGGAAGGCUGUGAGAAGUGUAGUAGUCUUUUCAACAAAGAAGGCCGUGUGCGGACUGUGAACACAGCGUCUGCGGGGGGGUCCGGGGAGCAAGAUGAGGAGAAGGAGGGUCUGAAGAUCCAGCUGAGGGAGAUGGAGCUGGAGCUGGCCCAGACCAAGCUGCAGCUGGUGGAGGCCGAGUGCAAACUCCAGGACCUGGAGCACCACCUGGGUCUGGCCCUGAACGAGGUGCAGGCCGCCAAGAAGACCUGGUUCAACCGAACGCUCAGCUCCAUCAAGACCGUCACGGGGAACCAGGGCAAGGAGACCACCUAACCUGAUAACCCCCUCCCCAGUUUUACCCAGACCAUGUGUGGAGCUCCCCACACUGAAACCUGCGGGCACAUAACUUAACCCACCGACUUUAACUUGAACAUUGACCGUUAAAUCUGAGGACGUCCAUUACUACGGACUGUGUUUCUUAUUCCUCUUAUUAAGAAUGUCGUCAUGCAUAAUCCCCUCCAUUAUUCCCCCCUCCACCCCAAAUGACUACAGCCAAAUGUGCUGCUGAGAAGGGGCAGAAACGUUCCCCAGAGACACCAUGUGCUUCCACCGGUCACAGAAAAAAAGCGUUAAAAAAAAGAGGAGAUGCUUCAUUUAUUUCUGUCUUUGUACUGCUGAUGAUAACGACCCGCAGAAGAAAGGCAGGACACCUGAAGAGUUACUGUCCUGACGGGAUAGAGAAGAAAACACUCCGUCCUUCCUCACUCUUCUGCGGGCUCCCCUCUAAACUACUGGCACAACCAGGCCCUGUCAAAUGUUCCUUUUAGGUACGAGAGCUAAUAGACGCCUUUUCAAAACUGAGCUUUUUUCUAAUUUACGUUGAAAAACACCUUUUUGUUUUCUAUGUAUGUACAUGAAUGUGCUUAUGUAAUGAGCAUAUGUGUGUAUGUGUAAGCAUGCAUGUUUUGUGUUGACUAUGGGGUGUAUGUGAGACUGAAAAUAUGUGUUUGAAUGCAUAAAUAAUAGACUGAAGUAACGUUAAAAUGUGUAUACGAGGGAGACAAUGUGUGGAAAGGGAAAGAAAAAAGCACUACGGUUAUGUGUGUGUGUGUGUGUGUGUGUGUGUGUGUGUGUGUGUGUGUGUGUGUGUGUGUGUGUGUGUGUGUGUGUGUGUGUGUGUGUGUGUGUGUGUGUGUGUGUGUGUGUGUGUGUGUGUGUGUGUGUGUGUGUGUGUGUGUGUGUGUGUGUGUGUGUGUGUGUGUGUGUGUGUGUGUGUGUGUGUGUGUGUGUGUGUGUGUGUGUGUGUGUGUGUGUGUGUGUAAGGGGAAAGAGUGUUUCCCUGGUUGUCUAGUUUCCUUUAUUGUUUAAAUGUGCAUAUGAAUGAUGCUGAAGAAAAGUUUGCUGACAAAGCCUUGAUCAGAAGGUCGAUAACAUUGAAACUAGUGGAUGUGUGUGAAUAUAUAAAUUACAGUCAAUUUUCCUCACAUCAAAUAUCUGACAUUUAACAUGCUUGAGGUUUGUUUGGUUUGGAUGUCCCAGCACAAAGAAACGAAAAGAAGCUCCAAACCGUGCAAACCUUCUCAUGUAGUAUACACUUUGUGUAUUUAUGUUACAACACUGUUAAAGUGGUGCAAUGCUUUUUCAAACCCUAAACAUCACUUUGUGGAAGUCAAAAUAGAAAGGCCACGCACAGGACGUUGUGAUUCCUGCUGCACUUGAACACACCUUCAACCACCUGCUGUCAGGCCCAGCUGCUCUGUGACCUUCGACCUCUGAACUAGACAGGCAGGGUCAUGUGUGGUACUCCAUCGAGCAGGACGGUUUUGUUUUUCACACUUCAGUCGGAUAUUUGGGUUCUCGUUCACCACUACACACUGAACUACACUGUUGGUUUUAUAUAUUGGCAGAUACAGAACAAACACACAGUGGCUGAUUUAUGUGGGACACCUGCUUCUAUUUCUGUCCAACAUGAGGACAAUUUCUAAUUGUUUGGUCACUUUCUAGCAAAGAAUAGUAUGAUGUUGGAUCGAAAAGAUGUAAUGACUAUUAUAGUGUGAAGAUCAGCAACACUUUAACAGGAGGGCCAUAUGACAGAUGCAGUGUAAGCAUAAUUAAUGGUUGAAAAAUGAUGCAACAAAUGCUAGUUUCUUUUGUCCCAUGCUGAUGGUAGAAAGCAAAGAAAGUCAUUAAAAGCUUGUUUCCUGUGUUGAGUCAAAGUUGAACUGUUAUGAUUUUUCUUGACUUAAAAUUAGACCCCAUAGUGUCACUGCCACUGUGUAGAAAAGCUACCGACCAUCAUCUCAAGAUAAAUCCAGCGACAUGACAGAAAUCUGUGUUUUUUCCGGCUUCCUGCACUCAUUGAGAACACAUUUGGGAGGAGGUGGAACAAGGGAUCAAGCAUCUCGCAGCCUCCAAAAAUCAGCAGGAAUAGAUCGAUGGAACCUGCGUGGAGCGAAGUCCCUUGAAACAUUUAUGAGCUCCUCGAUGAAUUCUUGCCUCAAAGAAUUCAUCGUGUUCAGGGGGCCAUAGCAGAUGUAGAACUAUCAAAGUGGAUGUGAUUGUAGAAGCAGAAAAUGAACACAUACAACUGUAGAAGUGAAACUCUGCACCUCUAGCUUGGAUCGGUAUCACAGAAGAUGCACCAUCAGUCGCAGGGAUCAGAGGUCAAAGCAGAGGUCAAGCUGACAUGCUCGCGAUGGGGGGUUUCAAAAGUGCAUGCGUGUGUGUUUUCAUAUUUAUCUUAAUAGAAAGGGGGGCAACCAUUUCUCAUUUUCUAUUCACUGAUCAAAUGAGACUGGAGAAUAAAAACAAACAGUGAAAACUGUAUUUCUGUUUCCAGCCUAAACUGAACAGUUACUGGGUUUUUUUGUAUUGAACUUGAAGGUGGAAUCUGAUUGGCUGAAAUCUGCUGGUGAUGUCAGAGGAAGGACCAAGAUGAAGUUGUUCCUCUAAAGACACUGGGUUGUAUAUAACAAACAUUUAAAAAUUAAUAUUGAGUUUUUGUUCAUGAUUUUCUACUCUGUAAAGAUAACUAAUGUUGCCUACUUGUAUCUACCAACCUGCUGCCGUGCUACCGUUUAAUUCACAACAAUGUUUUCUGUUUUUAUUUUUGCUCUGAGCUUCUCAGUCAAAGUGCUGUUUGGUUAAUUAAAUGCCAAAACGUAGCUUUAUCAUACGACAAAAACAUUAUCAACGUGUGGACAUUGUAAUAGUGUAGGAUGCAUUGUAUAGGCCUACUUCAUGAAUUUCAAUAUAAAGAUAUCGACACAAAAAA